GUGGCGCAAGCGCAGUGCUGCUGAGUUCCUUCACGUGGAAUACUUCUGAUGACUGUCUGUGUCAGUCCAGUACAGCCGCUGACUGAACCUUAGGCGUGAACGCGAGGGUAGAAUAUAUAGCUGAUUAGCUAUAAACCCGGAGACACGGAGAGAUGGCAUUCCGAAAGUUCCUCCCCUUGUUUGACCGGGUGUUGGUGCAGCGGUUGACGGCGGAGACCGUGACAAAAGGGGGAAUCAUGCUGCCAGAGAAGGCCCAGGGGAAGGUGCUGCAGGCCACUGUGGUGGCAGUGGGCCCAGGAACCACCAAUAAGUGCGGUGAUCUGCAGCCCAUCAGUGUGAAAGUUGGGGAGAAGGUCCUGCUGCCAGAGUACGGAGGAACCAAAGUUAUCCUAGAGGACAAGGACUACUUCCUGUUCCGUGAUGAGGAUAUCCUUGGAAAAUAUGUUGAGUGAAGUCCUGUUUCCUGAACCUCACUGUGCCUGGGGGAGAAUAUUGUCUGUGUUCUGUUUUUAUCUGUGUAAUUUGGUUGUAAAUAAUAACUUUUGCUAUGGUAAUAAAGUGAAUGGAAUGGAUCCAAAUUGGA